AUGCCGUCUUCGUCUUCCCCGCCAGCCCCUGCCAACUCGACUAUGGCUUUUCCGCUCCCCCCUCCCUCUCCAACUGCGGAAGCCUGUGCGGAGCUUGCGUCUCUCACCGUUCGCGUCUUCUCUCCUGCAGUCGUCUCCUCCAUUCGAGACAUUUUUGUGCGCAACGAACGUUUGAACGUGAAGGAGCAUCUUCCUCUUUUAGGCACCCUUGCUGUCCGUCAUGUGGCUCUGAUGAUGCAGGAGGAUGAUUUCAAUCCCGACAUUCGAGACAAAGGUGAGGACGAGUCCCCGCAAUCUCCCGUUCUCGUCAAACACGAAAGUCGAAUUAAGAAUGAACGAAUGGUGGACCUUGAUAGAAUGAGAAGCACACCACCUCUUACCAGACGAUUGCACCGCGAGGGCAAAAGAACAAGUUCCUACAGGGAUAUUGCGUACUACGCCGUCAGACAAAAACGCAUCAUUCCAGAGGCGUUACCUACAGGAAGGGAAGAAACAUCAACCGCUACUACUGCGGAGACACGGCCUGUGAGAAGACUGUCCAUUCGCUCUAUCCGCCUGCCGAAAGAUAGUGCUCUGAGGAAAACAAGGUCAAUCGCGAUAAUUGAGCCAAAAUCUACUCCGCCCGAUGGAAAAGAAGAUGCGAAGAGUAUCGACGAGAAUUUCACAAAACGGCGGCAUUCACCCGAAUUUUGGAAAGAGAAGCCCGGAAAAGAGAAUAUUCAUGUCAGGCCGAGUGUUUCAAGCCCGUCCGCAGGUGCGCCUGCGGGUGGGUCUCUUUCUUCCUCAAGGCCCCCUUCCCUCUUCAACAAAGAGAGUCGAAACCGAAGACCAAAUCUCUCAAACACACCGGGAAAGAGUGCGCAAGGCACUCAAGGAAAAAUUUCUGGUCGAAACGCUCCAAUAAGCAGGCUGGUGCAGAUGCGAAAGCAAAGGCUUGAGAAGAAGGGAAAGCAAACUAGAUAG